AUGGCAAGGAAGAACGGUAGAGAUGACAAAAGGAAUAUAUUUUUCUACAAGAGCAAAGGUCAACACAUUCUCUCUAAUCCUUGAAUUCUUGACACCAUUGUUCAAAAAUCUACAAUAAAGCCUACUGACACAGUGCUUGAGAUUGGACCUGGAACAGGCAAUCUCACUCUAAAGCUUUUAGAAGCCGCCCAUAAAGUUGUGGCCAUCAAAAUUGACGAGCACAUGGUGAAGGUUCUUGACUAGCGGGUGGCCGAGCGUGGCUUUAGUGAUGGGCUGUUAGUAUUCAUACGUAAGGAUGCAUUGAGAACUGAAUUCCCGCAAUUUGACCUUAUGGUAGCAAACAUUCCCUACGGAAUAUCUUCACCUGUAGUGGUUAAACUAGUAUAUGAGACUACCCGAUUUUAGAGCGCUACUCUUCUACUUCAGAAAGAGUUUGCUUGAAGAUUAUUGGCUAAUCUCAGUGACUCUGAAUUUAAUCGCUUGGCCAUCAAUGUUAAACUACUGGCUGACGUGGAGUUCAUCAUGGAUGUCAGCAAGAGGGACUUUAUUCUAUGCCCAAAAGUUGACUCCUUUGUGGUUAUAAUCCAUCCAAAAGUUGACGUGCUUAAUGUGGAUAUCAACGAGUGGAGGGCUUUCAAGGGAACUUGUUUUAGUAAAAAGAACAGGACCCUAGGAGUGACAUUUAAGCAAAAAAGGAAAAUUUUAAAGUUAUUGAGAUUGUCAAAUAUCACAGGUUUCAAUGAUGAAAAAUUUGUCCAUUCCAUUAAAGGUGAUUGUAAAAGUGAUACUGAAGAUGAAGCAGAGUGUCAGUAUUCCCCUUCCUUAAAAGAAGGAAUGAAUUUGUUGAAGGAAAGGAUUACUGAAGCACUUAAAAUAGGAGGCUUUGAAGACAAGAGGCCUUCAAAAUUGUCUCUUGAGGAAUUCGUUCAUUUGCUCUCAUUGUUCAAUCAAGCAGGCAUAUUUUUUGAUGACCGUGAAAAUUUGAGGAAUGAGGAUGGUUUUUCUGUUGAUGUUGCCUAG